CAUGAGCCCCAUUAAAGCCCCAUUUAACGCCUUAGUUAGUCUGCUUCUUCCAGGCUGAACGCCGCCUCUCCAUUCAAAGGAACUGAGCUGCGUCCCCCCCCCCCAUCCUCAGGGAGCCAAUGAGCAGCAGAGCCCUAACCCCCGUUAGACUCCAGCGUCUUAACUCAAAGCUCGUCGGGUGACCCCCCCACGCCGCCCCUCCCCCGCUGCGCUCUCCUCUGCGUUGACGGAUGAAUCCGGACAUUUUCAUGUCUGUUCUGUGGGCAGAACCUCGCUGCCCUGCUAGAACCGGGCCCAAGCCCUCCUUCGUGCUCUUCUGUUGGGCCAAGCUGAGUUCAGAGCAGAGAACCUCGCACAAGGGCAUCGAACUCACGUGUCCCGGGUCCCCCUGCUUCUGAUCACUCAAUGCCUUCGUAUUAUUGACUUCUUCUUCUUCCAGUUUGCAAACUUCUAAAUUUACGUUUUCAAGCACGUUGAUUUUCACCGAUUCUCUUCUGACAACCCCCCCCCCCCCCCCCCCCGAGGGGACGCAAACUGUGAGCGCGGUGUAAGAUGAACACAUGAAUCACAGCUCGUGCCAAAGUCGGACCGGCUGAACAAAGGCGAGACGCCUGAAAGCUGCACUGUUCCACUCAGAGCGUGUGAAGGAAGUAGAGCUCAUCCAACCGGGAACGAAUCAAGUUUACAUGCAACGCUAAAUGUUUACAGAUCACACGCUCCAUCGCUGUCUGUGACACCGGCGCCUGAAGCCACUUUACACUUUCCUCAUCUUGUUUACAGAAGGUGUAAAAGAGAACGGGCCAUUUCACCAAAGCACCUGAAACACCUCCGAGAGGCCUCCAUGUUUACAGGAGCUGCUCCAGCGGCGACGGGCGACUUUUCAUACCUUUUUAUAAGUCACCAGGCCGCCAUCUUGGAUUAGAAGCUGCUCACCGGACUUUCUUUUCACGGCUCCAAAAAGAACUUGAACACAAACAAUGAAACCUUUCAAGCCAAGAGGGAUGUUCUGCUCGUCCCUCGUCCUCCUGCUCUCCUCCUGCCUCGCCGUCUCCGCGGUAACCGUCGCCACGCUGCGGCGCCGCGCCGAUGGCGGCGGCGGCCCCGCUGCGGCCGGUAAAAGGAGCACCGCCUUGUUCCUCUUGACGGGUUUCAAGCCGCCGCCCAAAGCGCCGCUCAAAGCAGCCGAGGUGGAGGGCGGCGCCGACGACAGCCCGCCGCCGAUGGCCGAGCUGCCCCCCAAGCCCCUCCCUCAGACCAUGUUGCCGAGGAACAUGACAGCCGACGCCCUGAAGCCGCCGCUGGGUGCGGCCCAGGUGGCUCCGCCUCCCAGACAGCUGGUGGACGUGGACGUGUGCAGGGGUUACUACGACGUGAUGGGCCACUUCGACACCACCUUCAACUGCUCCAAGGGCAGCUUCAUCUACUGCUGCGGCACGUGCCACUACCGCUUCUGCUGCGAGCACCAGAGGAGCCGGCUGGACCAGGAGUCCUGCAACAACUACAUCUCCCCCGUGUGGGCGGAUCCGCUGACCCCCGUCAGCGUGAUCGAGGGCAACAAGCCCGACCCCGGCUUGUUGUUGCUGGAGCAGCAGAACAGCAGCACGGCUUAUGUGAUCGGAGGCGUGAUCUCCUUCACGCUGGUGGUUGCCGUUGGCGUCCGGAUCGCCUUCAGCAAGGUGGCGCGUCGGCCGCGCAACCGGGACAUCAACAUGCCCAGGUCGCUGGUGGACAUCUUGCGGCAUCAGUCGAGCCCGGUGCAGCAGUGCGAGAGGAAUAACAGCGCCCUGCUGACGGGCACCGCCAAGAACCACUACCCCCCCGCCCUGCAGAGCAAAGACAACCGCACGGGGACCUUGCCGCGUCCUUUUACCCAGCAGGCCUCUGCCUCCAGCCCCAAACACUCGGCCACCAUCGAGCGAGGGGCCCGUAUGAACAACACCUCCCAGCUCUCCUCCGGCCCCCCCCUACUCGCAGGUAGCGGUAAAGGCGGCGGAGGGAUGAGACACAACAGCAGCCACCCGUCCUUCUCCCACUCCUUCCACAACCUCGCCCAGCUGCCCCCGUCCUACGAGACCGCCGUGAAGCCGGAGAUCAACCGCUACAGCUCGCUGAAGAGGCUGGAGAAAGAGCUGGACGAGUACUCCAACUACUACAGCUCCAAGCGCCGCCCCAACAACGCGCCGCCCUCCUUCCACUCCUCGCAGCACUACCUGCCGUGGGGGGGCGACUACACGCUGGGCUCCCGGGGCACGCUGCCCCUCCACGGCUCCCGGCCCCGCCUCCACAUCCCCUCCACCCCCAACCCCUACCCGCUGCCCCCCCAGACGCAGCACGCCAGCUCCUCCUUCGACCGGCCGCCGCGCCGCGUCCGCUCCCAGGACCAGCUGCUGGGGGAGGGGGGCACGCUGUCCCGCCUGUCCAAGAACCAGCAGCACCAGUACUACAAAGCCAUGACGGGCAGCGGCAGGGGGGGGAACCCGCCCUCGCUGCGCAGGUCCCACGAGAGGCUGCUGGUGUCCCCAGACCGCCUGGAGGACCGGAUGAUGAUGGGCCUGAUGGCCGCAGGCGGGGGGGACCGAGGCGACAGAGGAGUGGGGGGGGGCGGGAUGGUGCCCACCAUGGGCCGCCUCAGCCACCACCAGAAGGCCCAGUCGCAGUCCAACAUCUGCGUCACCCCGUCGAUGGAGCGCCACCACAUGAUCAAGAUGAACUCCCACCCGACGCCGGGCCACGACCACGAGCGCGAGCGCGGCUCCGGCGUGGGCGCGCACGGCGGCUGGGACCCCCACGGGGCGGGGGGGCACGGCGGAGGAGGCGGAGCUCGACGGAUGGCUUUCGCCAGCAAGCGGCAGAACACCAUCGAACAGCUGCACUUCAUCCCCGGGGGCGGAGGAGUGCAGGGACUGCGGACUGGGAGUAAGAACGAGGUGACGGUGUAAGAGGACGGGGGAGGGAGAAGAGAGAGGAAGAGGAAGAUGAAGAGCGGGGAGGUGAGGGCCGUGAAGGACCUCGAAGAGGCUUUUAGCGGGAAGAUGAAGUGGAGGGAAGAACAGGAAGAGAAGAACAGAGGAGCUUUAAGUUCCGUCUGCCUCCCCCCUCCUCCCCCCCCCCC